GUUCGCGCCUCGUGGAGUUCAUAAAAAUCGGUUCAGCGAAAUUGGAUAUCCUGGCCGCGGAGUUUUCUAUUUAUUCGCGAAAUUCAGAAGGUAAACCACAUCAUGGAGCAAGGAAAACCUCUGAAAAACCCCAUUGAUCUGCGGGAGCUCCUGAACGGCGGGACCGGAUUCUCGUUGGAUGCCGAUUUUAAGAGCGAACACGUGGGGAACGAGUUCUUCCUGGAGGACGAUUUUGGCAGCGAAGACGAGGAUGAGGAUUCCCACAAGCAGAUGAUGUCCCCGUGGACCCAAAGUUUCGAUGAGCUCCGCCAACAGAUGGAACCGGUCGCGGAACACAUCCACAAGCGCAUCAUGAAGCGAGGCGUUGGUGAACCGGUCCGGGGUAACGUGCGCGUCACCCUAGACUACAAUGCAUUUUUCGAGAAAGAACCAACCACCUUCGACUCGACGACGCUACGGAAUGCUCCGUAUUCGUUCACCGUGGGCAAGGAUUCGAUUUUGGAGGGCCUGGAAAAGGCAGUGCUGACGAUGUGCGUCAGUGAAGAGGCUCAGUUCGUGAUCGGAUACCCGCUACUGUUCGGUGAGGUAGGGUGCAUGCCACGGAUUCCACCGAAGGCGGACGCUUUAUUUGUGGUGCGACUGCACAAAUGCGUUGACGUUGGUGAUGCGAGCGCCCUGCAGACUCUGGAAGACAGCGAACGUCGCACAUACGCGCUGGUGAAGAAGCGUGUAGUCGAAAUACGGGCGUACGCCAAGAAUUGCUUCCAGCGCAACAUGAUACAAAAUGCCAUCCACAAGUAUCUGGAAGCGGUCGAUACGCUACAGCUGUGCGAUUUGAAAGAUGCAGCGGAAACAAACGAGCAACAGGAAACGCUCAUAUCUCUCUACACCAGCCUAGCCGUUUGCUACAACCGGAAGGAUCAGCCAAAGGAUGCUUGCCGGAUGAUUAAUGAGCUCAGGCGACUUUGCGAUAUCAACCUGUAUGCUAAGAUCCUGUACCAGGAAGGCAAAGCACUUCAUCGGUUGGGUGAAUUCAAGCGUGCGCGUCAAGUUUUGGUACGAGCCCAGCAGCUAGAACCACGGGAUGAAAACAUCCAGCGGGAGCUGAGGUCCCUUCUCGAGAGCACCGAGAAAUUCACGGAAGAAGAGCGCAACAUCUGUCGCCGCGCGUUCGGCAUGAAGGACACUCAGAAGAAGAGUGUGACCGCGGAGCAGCAAGCUUUCGCGCAGAUGGUUAAAGAAUCUAUGAAGCAUUUUAUGGAAGAUGACCAAAGCACGACGCUCCCCCUACCCGAUGGCCUGACCGAUGCGGAAGUCAACGUGCUGCAGGAGGUGGCCGACGAGAUGAAGGUGAAGCUGUCGGUGCAAGUCGAUAACAACAAAAAAAAUUACAAAUUUCAAAAGUGACCGGCUGCUUGGCAUUCGGUCGCUCUGAUCCACUUAUUUUCAUCGCUAUGAUAUUUUCUCCAAACUUCCGUUAGUAGCUUAAGAAAAUCAAAAACCGAAAACAGAAUUAUUUUAAUGAAUUAAAGGACAUGUUCCUGUAUGCAU